AGACGAGAAAAAACUUGUAGCUUGUGGUCGCGUGUUUGCGCUCGCGGACGGCGUGUGUGAGUUGUGACGUAAGUACGUUUGAUGUGACUCCGCCCACACCGGUGUUUGUGGAGCGGUUUAGUCAGAGUGAAUCACAUUCAGCACACAGUCUGUGCAGCUCACCGCCCAACGGAGAUGUGGACCCAGGGACACUAUAACGCUGCUUUCGUUUUCUGAACGCGUCCAUAAUAUAAUUUGGUCUGAAGAUAACAGAUUUGCGAAGAGUGAAACCCUGCAGGCGUUUAUUUGCCAGCACUCUUCCACACCGCGGUGAAUGCGCGCACCCGAGAGCUGAAAAGUCAGAGAAACCAGCUCUCCCCAUCAUACAACAACCACCAACCGGGGAGGGUGAAGUCUAACACGUGCUUCCUCCAAGACAUGUGAACUGCUGCGCAUGCUGCAUGGUAGCGUAACACACUCGGAGGAAAGCGCUAUCUGCUCUCAUCUGCGUACACGAACUCACAGACGCUCGUGUGCCCUAGUGUGUGCUAGUGUUACUGUGAUUGACAGGGGCAGAGAGUGUGGCAUCUCUACCAACCAGAGAGCACAGCCAGUUUUGCUCUCUUGACUCCUGGCCACAAAUGGCUGUGGCAUCAUCAGGGUUCAAACUCCCAGUGAUAGGCUGAACACUCUUCUGCUUGGCCACACAGAAGCCCAGCUGGCAGACGAGGGGAGGGGAGAUGAGCAUGGCUGAAGCUGAUGAGGAGAGCAGCAGUCAGCAGCGGAAGAAGCCACCAUGGCAUUAUCUGGAUAUCCCCAGCACACAGGGCCCCACGGAGGAGCUGAACAACUUCAUUCAGCCAUGGGCACGUAAUAGUCUGUACCUGCGCAGUUCCAGCGUGCCCACAGAGAACAUUCAGCUCAGAUACCCAAUGGUGGAUCCUUAUGCCUCUCGAAGACCCUCGGUACUGCGCAAACCCUCCCUCUCACAGACCAUCAAGAGGGGCACGGCAGACUGGUUUGGGGUCAGUAAGGACAUCGACACCACUCUGAAAUGGCAGAGGAAGAGCCUGCGCCACUGCAACCAGCGCUAUGGCAAGCUAAAGCCACAGGUGCUCCGAGAGAUGGACCUGCCCAGCCAGGACAACAUCUCCAUAACAAGCACAGAGACUCCGCCACCUCUUUACGUCCCUCCAGUACACCACGGCAUGCAGAAGAUUGUGGACCCACUGGCUCGGGGCCGAGCCUUUCGUAACAUGGACGAUGUGGAUGCUUUCAAUGGGACUCAAACUCCUAUUACCCCUGGAGCUGUGUCCCUGUGCUCUCUCACCAGCUCCCGUUCUGGCCUCAACCGGUUGCCGCGCAGGCGCAAGAGAGAAUCUGUAGCCAAAAUGGGCUUCAGAGCAGCCGCAGCUCUCGUGAAGGGACGUUCCAUGAAAGAUGGCACAAUGCGUCGAGUACACAGACGCAGCUUUGCUGUAAACAGCUUCAUGGAAGAUGACACAGGGGAAUUCCUAGAUGAACUGGACACCUCCUUUUUUACACGGGAUGGAUUGGUACAGGAGGAACUAUCCACAUAUGCAGACGAUGUGUUUGAGUCGCCCUCUGAGGCCGCCAUUCGUGAGAAUGAUGCAAACAAAGUGCCCUGUGAGACAGAUUUAACAGGCAGCGCCCUGGGAAAGCCUGAGUUAGAAAGGAGUCACCUAAUGCUGCCACUUGAGAGGGGCUGGAGGAAAGGGAGGGAUGGCUCUCUGGUCCAACCUAAAGUACGCUUAUGCCAGGAAGUUGUGAGUGUGAGUGGCCAGAGACGGGGUCAGCGCAUUAAUGUGCCUGUUACAAAGCUCUUUGCCCGUGAGAAACGUCCUUAUGGCCUUGGCAUAGUGGGAAAGCUGACCAACCGCACGUACCGCAAGCGCAUUGACAGCUACGUAAAGAGACAGAUAGAAGACAUGAAUAACCACAGGCCUUUCUUCACAUAUUGGAUAACAUUUGUCCACUUGCUCAUCACCAUCUUGUCAGUAUCCAUCUAUGGCAUUGCACCUAUUGGCUUCUCCCAACAUGAAACUGUAGAUUCUGUUUUAAGAAAUAAAGGCAUUUAUGAGAAUGUCAAGUAUGUGCAGCAAGAGAACUUCUGGGUUGGACCAAACUCGGUGGCGCUGAUACAUUUGGGAGCCAAAUUCUCACCGUGCAUGCGCCAAGACCAGCAGGUGCAUGACCUGAUCCAGGAGAAGAGGGAGAAGGAGCGCCACUCAGCCUGCUGCGUCCGAAAUGACCAAUCAGGCUGCGUGCAGACCUCUCAGGAAGAGUGUUCAAGUACAUUGGCUGUCUGGGUAAAGUGGCCUCAGCACCCAAGUGUUCCAUAUCUAGACGGCAAAUUACGCAAGUACGGCUCAGUUUGUCAUCAAGACCCAAGGACUUGUCUGGAGCCAGCCUCUGUCUCGCCUCAUGAGUGGCCUGAUGACAUCACCAAGUGGCCAAUAUGCACCAGGUACAGCAGUGGAAACCACACAAACCUGCCACACGUAGACUGUGUGAUCACAGGCCGGCCAUGCUGCAUUGGAACCAAAGGAAGGUGUGAAAUCACAUCCAGAGAGUACUGUGACUUUAUGAAGGGCUAUUUUCAUGAAGAGGCCACGCUUUGUUCCCAGGUGCACUGCAUGGAUGAUGUGUGUGGCCUGCUGCCUUUUCUCAACCCAGAGGUACCAGAUCAGUUUUAUCGCCUAUGGCUGUCUCUCUUCUUGCAUGCUGGGAUUCUGCACUGUCUGGUGUCUGUGUGCUUCCAAAUGACCAUCCUGAGGGAUCUGGAAAAACUAGCGGGGUGGCUUCGAAUAUCCAUCAUCUACAUCCUCAGUGGCAUUACAGGCAACUUGGCCAGUUCCAUAUUUCUUCCUUACAGAGCUGAGGUCGGGCCAGCCGGCUCUCAGUUCGGCAUCCUCGCCUGUCUGUUUGUAGAGCUGUUCCAGAGCUGGCAGAUCCUGGCGCGGCCAUGGCGGGCCUUCAUGAAGCUGCUGUGUGUGGUUCUCUUCCUUUUUGCUGUUGGCCUGCUGCCAUGGAUCGACAAUUUCGCCCACAUUUGCGGCUUCAUCUCAGGCUUCUUCCUCUCCUUCGCAUUCCUGCCUUACAUCAGCUUUGGGCGAAUGGACAUGUACCGCAAGCGCUGCCAGAUAUUGGUCUCACUCACACUCUUUCUGGGAAUCUUCUCCAGCUUUGUGGUGCUCUUCUACGUGUAUCCAGUCAAGUGUGAAUGGUGCGAGCUGCUUACCUGCAUCCCUCUGACAGACAAGUUCUGUGAGAAGUAUGACCUCAACGCUCACCUCCACUGACGCCUUAAAGAGAGGAGAGGAAAUCCAGAGGGGAAGAAAGUGGAGAGCUGUGAAAUGGUUUCCAAUCCUCUUGCUCAAACUGACAUUAUUUGGUCUGUUAGAGUCUGUAUCAAUCUGUAUUUGUUACUGCACUCAAUGAAGGUAUUCAGUUCAUAGGCUCGAAGAAAAGUCCUCCCUGGGGAGGAGAGAUGAUCUAAAUGCCUCUAGUGCCUUGUUGAUCAAUACCAACUGCUGCCAUAUCUGCGUUCCAUUAACUCUGAGCACUGUUGUUCAUACCCUGUAAUAUGUACACUGCUACUUAAGUAGUGCAUGUUUGGUAGUGUUUUAACUACCUGCUCCCUUGUAAUACACAGUACAAUAAGAGUA